CAGGCGACUUGGUGAACAUCCAAAGUGAAUGAUGUGGACUUGAACGUACAUGUACCUUAUGCAUACCUGACUUCUUCCUUCUGGCAACCUUUGAUGAAACAAUUCCACACAGCUGCACCAGUAUCCUCGAAGCAACACGAUGCGCGAGAACAAGCCGCGUCGACACCUGCCCGCCAGCACAUGACUUGAGACGAGGCUUCUGAGGCAUGGGACAAGGGAAUUCGUCGAUAGCACUGCCAGCUCCUAGUGCUAUCGAGACGUCGGAGCUAUCCGACCUCACCUUUGAAAAGCCACUGGGUGGCGGACGCUACCUACGAACUGUCCGAGCGAGGCAUCACGACGGCAUCGUUGUCGCCAAGGUGUGCACGAAGAAGGGGCCCGAUGUAUCCUUUCAGCAUUAUGUCAAAGCACUGAAACAAGAACGAAGGCUACUCAAGGACAUUCCCAAUGUCUUGCCGUAUGCUCGCAUUCGGGAAACCAGCACUAUCGGUGUUCUUGUGCGGCAGUACAUUCACACUUCCCUGUAUGAUCGAAUCAGCAUCCGGCCGUUUCUGGAAGAUAUCGAGAAGAAGUGGAUUUCCUUUCAGCUCUUGUGUGCGGUCAAGGACUGCCAUGAUCGUGGGGUUUACCAUGGCGAUAUCAAGUCUGAGAACGUGCUGGCCACCUCCUGGGGAUGGGUGUACCUGACAGACUUCGCCUCGUCCUUCAAGCCAGUUUAUCUGCCAGAUUACAAUCCUGCCGACUUCACAGCUUACUACGAUACUACAGGCCGUCGCAUAUGCAACCUGGCGCCAGAGCGUUUCUAUCAAGGCAAGGAGCCGCAGGAGGGCAAUCUGGUCCAGUGGAACAUGGACAUCUUCAGUCUGGGAUGCGUGCUUGCCGAGCUUUUCACAGAGGCGCCCACUUUUACCCUCGAGCAAAUGUACAAAUACAAGCGAGGAGAGUACGAUCCGACUGUAUCAUUGCUGAGUAAGAUCGAUGAUGACCACUUGCGCGCAAUGAUUACUAUUAUGCUCAAGCUCGAGCCAUCAGAUCGUUGGCACGCAGACGAUUAUUUGGAGGAAUACAAAGGCAAGGUCUUUCCUCUUUACUUCUACAAUCACCUGCACACCUUGCUGGGUGAGAUCACAGAUCCGAGUUUUGGUCGAAAGUCCGUGGCUGCGGGCGAUGUGAACAAUGGCCAGGCGGAUGACCGCAUUGAUAAGAUAUACGAAGAUUUCGAAAUGCUCUCUGUAUCGCUGGGUUAUGAAGAUCCAGAGCCACCCAGGUCAGAUAUACCAAGACCGGCCUACCUUCGUGGGCUCUUCCCGCUGCAGAUCGAUCUACCGAACAGACGACAUACUGCUUAUUCAGCUGAAGUUGGUUCCCUAGACCAUGGCACUUUCAUACUCCUCAAUGUCAUCACUGCCUCAAUGCGAAGCUCGGCUCGAGCGGCUACGAAGAUGCGUGCAUGCGAGCUCUUACUAGCUUUUGCAGAGCAUCUCCCUGAUGAAGCGAAACUGGACCGGAUCUUGCCCUAUGUAAUGCCACUCCUCGACGACUCCAACGAGAUGGUACUGGUGGCUGUGCUGAGGACCAUGACGCAACUUCUCGCAUUGGUGAAAGUGGUCUCUCCUGUCAACACCUUCUUGUUCACGCAGUAUAUCUUCCCAAGGCUGCAGUCGUUCGUGAAAAGCAAAGGAUUCACGCAAAAUCCGCUGGUCCGAGCAACAUAUGCGGCUUGCUUGGCGAGCCUGGCCGACACAGCAUCGCACUUCCUGGAUGUCAUGCAGGCGCUGCGGGCUGACGGUUCACUGCCCUCGGUUGAUAGAGACGGCUUAGGUAUAGAUACCGUCGCCAACGCAGAAGCUUUCGAUGCGACUCGUACCGAAAUGCUGGAACAAUUCGAAGGCCAGACCAAAGUUUUCCUCACUGACACUGACAAUGCAGUACGACGGGCAUUUCUGACUUCUGUCUCAAGUCUAUGUGUCUUCUUUGGCGAGGCAAGAUCAGCAGAUGUAAUUCUCAGCCACCUGAACACAUAUCUCAACGACCAGGACUGGCUGCUGAAAUGUGCAUUCUUCAAGACGAUCGUUGGCAUUGCUGUCUACAUUGGAGGCGCCAAUGUGGAAAACUUUGUUCUGCCCCUCAUGCUGCAGGCUCUGACCGAUCCACAGGAGUUUGUCGUUGAGCAGGCACUCAGGUCUUUAGCAACCAUGGCCGAAGUUGGCUUACUGCAACGUGCGAAGACUUGGGAGCUGAUUGACACUGUUGCUCGCUUCGAGAUGCACCCCAAUCUGUGGAUCAAGGAAGCAGCGUCUCACUUUGUCUCGGCAGCCACUACCUACUUGUCGCUGGCAGACGUCCGCAUCCUUGUUGCUCCUCUGAUCCAGCCUUAUCUCAAAGUGCCAGUGGCGAGUCUAACGGAAUGCGAGCUAUUGGACGCAUUAAAGAAACCUCUACCUCGGGCUGUCCUCGAUCUCGCUGCACAAUGGGCCGGCAAGGUGGACAAAAGUGCGUUCUGGAAAACUGCGAGGGAGUCGAAGCAGCUCUCGUAUGCUGCAACAGGUCAGAUGCCACCGCAAUCAUCUGUGACAGAUCUAGGUCCCAAAGCGCUGGCCAAACUGCCCAAAACUGACGAGGACGAACAGUGGCUUGGACGCUUGCGGAACGCAGGCAUGCGAGGCGAGGAUGAAAUGAAGAUUCUGGCUUUCCGAGAGUACUUGUGGCGAUCUGCACAGCGAGCCAAAAGAGAAGACUCAGAAGUGACUGACGCAGUCUACGAGCAAAUCGUGAGCUUGUCUGGCCUCAAGAUUCAGCCUCAGACUGUCAUUUUUGAUUCUGAUCUCAGUGCAUAUGAGCAAAGAGUCGAAAAGCAGAACAGGACUAUAGCAGAAGCCAUUGAAGAGGCAUCGAGGGCUGAAAAUAAGCAGAUCGCUGCUCUCGAGCUAAGCUCUGCGGAGCCUGGCGGAGUUGAUGGCUCAGCACAGUCCGCCAUUCCGAUUCCUGAGACCAUGUCACGACUUCGACAUAACAAAACCGCCAGUCUGUCCUCUUCUCCCAGCACAGGCAUUGGCCUUCUAGGGAAUGUGGAUCAUGCCCUCCGCCAAAAGGGCAAUGCUGGUGGGCUGUUGGGUGGUGUAAACAAAGCACAAGCUGCAGUCGCAACUAAUGACACCACAGCGCAUGGCAAACUUGAUCGGCCUCGCUCAGAAAGCCGGCGCCCGUCGCCGAUGCAGGAGACCGCGGAACACAGGAAGGCUGCGGAGAGGACAGCCAAUCAGCGACAUGGUCACAACUACACUGGAAACGACCCAACAGUGUUGAAAGUGCUCGAUGCAGUGUAUGUUGACAAUUUUCCGCUCGACGCAGCAGACUUUGGCCCUUUUGUUCAAACAGUGAACGGUGCCAUCCCGACGAACGUAAAUCACCCCUUGACAGGACCAUGGAGACCACAGGGACGAUUGAUAGCAGUCCUUGGCGAGCAUACAGCCAGGGUGACACACAUAGCCGUGGCUCCUGAUCAUGUCUUCUUCUUGACUGCAUCAGAUGACAGCUCUGUCAGAGUCUGGGACACUUCACGUUUGGAACGCAAUGUUACGUAUCGCUCUCGUCAGUCCUACAAACUCGAGUCUGGCGUCGCCAUUUCCAGCUUAUGUUUCAUCGAAGCCACCCACUCCUUCGUAUGUACGGGCUCCGAUGGAUCGGUGCAUGUGAUCCGAGUAGACGUCGUCGACUCCCAGGACAAGGGCACGCGAUAUGGCAAGCUUCGUAUCAUCAGGGAGUGGCAAAUACCUACCACACACCCAGCGGGAGAAUAUGCAAUCUGGUCGGAGCACUUCCGAGGUGAAUCGGCAAGUACGCUAGUUCUAGCAACGAACCUGGGCCGUAUCCUUGCAGUCGACUUGCGAUACAUGUCUAUCAUUUGCGAUCUUCAGAACCCUGCGCACCAUGGCAUGCCCACGAGUUUCUGCAUGGGCCGCAAACACGACUGGCUCCUUGUAGGCACAACGUUGGGUAUCCUCGACCUUUGGGACCUGCGAUUCCACUGCAAGUUGCGAUCGUGGACAUUUCCAAAAGCUGCACCAAUUACGCGCCUUCAACUCCACCCAAGCCGGCGAUCCUCAAAACGAAACAGAUUUUGUGUCACGGGAGGUACAGCUCCCGGUGAGAUCACCGUGUGGGACGCGGAGAAGUGCAUCUGCCUGGAGGUCAUCCGAACAGCAUCUUCGCGCGGGGAAGAGAAGAACAACAUACGCGACUAUGAACUGAAGAAUCUGGAUGACGAGAACGUCGAGUCUCUCCUCGGACGUGUUAGUGGGGAAGAUAGCAUUAGUUCUGUGAUUAGCACAGUGACAUUCUUUGGAGCACAGCCUUCAGCCAAGGAUUCGGAUAUCCAACAUCCAUAUGUCAUCUCCGGUGGUCCUGACGGCAAAGUUCGCUUCUGGGAUACGGAGCGUUUGGAAGGCUGUCGACUCGUCUCUGGCGGAGGAGGAGGAGGAGCAAAUGCAUCUCCUCCUUCUGCCGAUGACCCCCACCAAACAUCCUACACCUUCACUCCCCUCGGCAUGGACUGCCGUAUCCUCUCCGAGACCCUCCCAUCGACUGCCGCCGACGGUGGUCUUGCCGGCGUGAGCGCCAGUGUCACCUCUCCAUCUCCCGCUUCAACGAAAAAGUCGACGACGACGACAUCUUCUCCCUCGUCGCAGAAACCUGCUUCGACGAGUCGGUACGAGACGAUUCGAAUGGCGAGUCAGAAUCUGAUGAGUGGACAUCUCGAUACGAUUACCGAUGUCAAAAUUCUCGAGAGACCGUUUGGCAUGAUUUUGAGUGCGGAUCGGAGAGGAAUGGUUUAUGUGCAUCAGUAAAGGGAGGGCAUGACAUGGCAUGAUUGAUUGAUUCAUCGUAAGGCUAGGUAGGUAUAGGUAGGUAGGUAGUUUGUUCAAGAUGACUACCUACCUACUUUUUAGAUACCUAGGUAUACAUGUCACACAUAUCCAAG